AUGCCUUUGAGUUUUGACAAAUUAUAUCCCGCCGUCCCAUACGUUGAACGAGGCAAGCAUGUGAUAAUUGGAGCUCAUCCGAAAGGGGGAUUUAUCGUUUAUCCAAAUAAGAAAAAUGUCAUUAUUCGCGAUCUUUCCCCUAAAAUGGAUAAUGACAUGUACACAGGUCAUAGUUUUGACGUCCAGUGUGCCAAAUACUCUCCUAGCGGGUUCUAUGUAGCAUCAGGAGGCAAGUUCCUUUUAAAAAAAAUAGGUGAUUGCAUUUUAGAUAAAUCAGGAAAGCUUCACAUUUGGGAUACAACGCAGAAGGAGCAUAUACUUAAGAAUGAAUUCUCUGUUCUGGCCUGCAUCAACGAUGUCUGCUGGUCGAGUGAUAAUCAGCGAAUAGCAGUGGGUGGCGCGGGUGGAGAGAAGUUCGGUAAGGUAAUCAACGCCGAAAUAGGUACCGAGGUUGGCGAAGUUGUCGGAAUGUCAAAAGUCAUCAACUCUCUUGACUUCAAACCUACCCGGCCCUUCCGUUUGGUCACUGGCAGUGAAGAUUUCACUGCUUGUUACUUUGAGGGCCCUCCUUUCAAGUUCGUGAGAAGCUUGAAGGACCACACCAACUUUGUCCAAUGCUGCAAAUUCUCGCCUAAGGGUGACAUCUUCGUGACAGGAGGUUCAGACGGAAAGAUGUUCGUCUACGAUGCCGCUUCUGGUGACUGGAUUUGUGAGUUGGGGUCACCCGCUCACAAAGGAGGUAUCUAUGGGCUGGAUUUCUCUCCCUCUGGUGCACGACUCAUUUCCGUGUCUGCUGACAAGAAAAUCAAACUCUGGAGUGCAGAGAAACCCUAUGAUCUUCUCUAUGAAUACGCUUUUGAGGAUAAAUUAGACAAUAUGCAGUUGGGCUGUGUUUGGACUGUAGGAAAGAUUGUCUCCCUCAGUUUGGGCGGAGCUAUGACCUACUUCGACGUCGCUGAUGACUGUUCCAGAUUGGAGGCUCCAGCGGGCACAAUGUUUGGUCACUCUCGUCCUAUCCAGCGCGCUUGCUACUCCACCACGAGUGAGCAACUCAUCACUGCGUCGUACGAUGGUCUCAUGGUUCGCUGGAACCUGGUGACAGGUUUGGCCGAGCCCUUUGAAGGCAAGGAAGCCCACAAAUCGGCCAUCCACGGUGUGGUUACUUGCGGUGAUCGCGUCCUUUCUGCUGGUGUCGAUGACCGUGUUGUUUUCAGUUCGCUCUCCAACCGCGCCUACGAACAAUCCGUAAAGGUGUCCUCCCAACCACGUGGCCUUUGUCUGGCAGCCAACAAUGAACUGGUGGUCGUCAUCUGCAUGAAACACCUCUACACUUUCUCAUUGGCUGUCGAGGCAUCUACGUCGACCUUGGCAACCCUCGAACUCAGCCCCGAUGCCACCACUGGAUGCAUAACUGCGGACGGGAAUCUCGUCGCUGUUGGCAAGGCGGACGGCUGCGUAGAACUCUUCGUAGUUUCGGAGGCCGGGAGGACCCUGAAAGCGUCGACGGGAGGAGAGAAGGUGACCGGUGAAUGCACCACUAUGGCCUUUUCCCCAGAUGGCGUCCACCUCGCUGUGGGUGACGCCGAUCGGUACUUGCGUUUAUUUAAGAUCGAGGCCAUGGCGAAAGGCAGUCCAAAGCUGACACAGCUCCGGGACUGGCGCGAGCACGCGGCGCGCGUCACUUGUGUGGCAUGGGCGCCGGACGGACGGCACUUUGCCACCGGCGGACUCGACUGCACCAUCAUGGUCUUCAGUCCCACUGCCUCCUCCAAGGUCUGCGAAGUCCGCAAUGCUCACCCAGGCAGUUUGAUUACUGCGUUGGUAUGGAAAUCGAACAACGAUCUCAUCAGCACGGGACAUGAUGCCUGCGUGAGGACGUGGAAAUUUAACUGA